GCAAGGUGCAAAUAUUGCCGGACACUUUUGUUGGGCGAUCCAAAGCAAGGAACGAGUCAUUUGCGUAAACAUUACCAAAGAUGCAACAAAAGGAAGACAAAAGAUAUAAGACAACAGCUUUUGCAAGCAAGCUCCAAGAACAAGUUUGAACUUUCACCAUUCAACUUUGAUCAAGAACUUUCCCGUAUGGAGCUUGCGAGGAUGAUCAUUCUGCAUGGCUACCCUCUAAAGAUGGUUGAGCAUAUUGGGUUCAGUAACUUUGUGAACAGUUUAAAUCCAUGCUUCAAAAUGGUGAGUAGGAAUAGUAUUAAGAAGGAUUGCUUGAAGAUAUUUGAGAUAGAAAAGAAGGCCAUGAUGGAAACACUUGAGAAGAAUGAUGGGAGAGUAGCUGUGACAAACUGACAACAGAUAUGUGGACUUCUGAUUUUCAGCAAAAAGGUUUUAUGGUUGUCACUGCUCACUACAUUGACAAUUCUUGGAGGUUGCAAAGUCGAGUCAUCAGGUUUAUGUAUGUGCCAAGUCCACAUACAGGUGAAAGUCUUUCUGAAGCAUUAUAUGGUUGUUUGCUAGAUUGGAACAUCGAC